AUGUCAAAGCGACUAUGGUUAUUUGUAGGCACAGGCACUGUAUUAUAUGGUGGUUAUUAUGUGACUCAUUUAGAAAGAGUGCCUAUUAGUAACAGGGUACGUUUUAUGGAUGUCACACCUCGUCAAGAAGAAGCAAUGGCUAUACAAGCGUAUAAAGAAGUCAUGCAUGAAUACGGUAGACGUAUUCUACCUCCCAAUCAUCCUUACAGUCAAUUUGUCAGAAGGGUAGCCAAAAGACUAGUACGUGUCUCUGGUAUGGAUCAUAUGAAAUGGGAAUUCCAUGUUGUCGAUUCACCUGAAAGAAAUGCGUUUGUAUUACCAGGUGGUAAAGUAUUUGUCUUUACAGGCAUUUUACCUAUUGCAAGUAAAGACACCCAUAUACAUAUAUAUAUUGAUAAAUUAACAGAUGGUAUGGCUGCUGUCUUGGGGCAUGAAAUAUCACAUCAAUUGGCUCGUCAUAGUGCUGAAAAACUUAGUUUUGCUAAAGUGUUGUUUGCCCUUCGAUUUACAUUUGCAUUGUUUGGUGUCGAUCCUUCCUUUCUCUUUAACCAACUGACACUGAAUUUUUUAAUGAUGAAACCAUUUUCACGUAAAUGCGAGACAGAAGCAGACUCGAUUGGACUACAAUUGAUGGCUUUGGCUUGCUUUGAUCCAAGAGAAGCGAUUAAGGUAUGGAAGCGUAUGGAGGCUGCAGGAGGGGAUCAUGAAAUAGCUCAGUUUGCUAGUACACAUCCGAGCCAUAAAAACCGUAUUAGAUACUUGACAAAAGAGGUAAGUGUGCUUUUAUGA